AUGAUAUUGUUGGGCAACGAAGAAACAAUCGAGCGACUCAAGCUUAUCGUACAAGAUGGAAAUAUGCCCCACAUGAUUAUUUCGGGGCUUCCAGGUAUUGGAAAGACCACGUCCAUCCAUUGUUUGGCAUACGAAUUGCUUGGGCCAGACCUUUACAAUCAGGCAACUUUGGAGCUCAACGCCUCGGAUGACAGAGGAAUUGAUGUUGUGAGAAACAAAAUCAAACAGUUUGCUCAAACGAAAAUCCUGUUGCCGCCAGGAAGACACAAGAUUAUUAUUUUGGAUGAGGCCGACUCCAUGACCCCCGGAGCACAGCAAGCCUUAAGAAGAACUAUGGAGCUUUACUCCAACACAACCAGAUUUGCCUUUGCGUGCAACCAGUCGUCCAAAAUCAUCGAACCGCUACAGUCCAGAUGUGCAAUUCUAAGAUACAACAAAUUAGCAGACGACCAGGUUUUGCUGAGACUCCUUGAAAUCAUCAAGGCCGAGGAUGUCAAAGCAAAUUCUGAAGGUAUCAAAGCUCUCAUAUUCACUGCAGAAGGUGACAUGCGGCAGGCUAUCAAUAAUUUACAGAGUACCGUUGCUGGUUUCGGUUUUGUCAAUGAUACGAACGUCUUCAAGAUUGUUGACCAGCCGCAUCCGCUUGUCAUCAAGAAAAUCUUGGACGCUGCAGCAUUGCACAAGGACAUUGAUACUGCGAUCGACCUACUCGACACUUUAUGGAACAAGGGAUAUUCUGCUAUAGACAUCGUCACUCUGUCCUUUAAGGUGGCGAAAACAUUGCCGCACGUGAACGAACUGAAACGUCUAGACAUGAUUAAGGAAAUCGGAUUCGUGCACAUGCGUGUAUUGGAGGGUGUGCUGUCGUACUUACAAUUGUGUGGGCUUUUCGCUAAGCUUGCAGAUCUUCCAUAA